CAUCACAGAGCAAAAUAAAUAUAGCAAGCCUGCCUAGCGUACGCACAUAGUCACUUACCAUGGCUCCCAGUGUCCACCAUCUCCUGGUUUUGUUCCUGGCCUUCACAGCCUUCAAUGGCAGCUCCGCGGCGGCUCGUCGCCUUUUGGACACGGCAGCUGCACCAGAGGCCACACCAGCCCAGCCUUCUACACCUGAGGCUCCAAUGACACUGCCUCCGAUGCCUACAAUUGCGGCAGUUCCAACUACAUUGCCUCCAAUUCCUUCCAUUCCUGCAGUUCCGAAGCUGACAAUGCCGCCGAUACCAUUCAUUCCUAUCCCGAAGGUCGCCAUGGCACCGACAGCCCCUGGCACGGUUCCAUCACUUCCAAUUCCGGCGAUCCCAACCACCAUGCCGACCAUUCCUACUUUGCCUGCUACCAUGCCACCAAUGCCCUCAAUCCCAACCACUAUUCCGUCCAUUCCGAUCAUGAUACCAACAACAAUCCCUACCAUUCCUGGGUUCCAGAUGCCACCUAUUCCAUUCAUGUCCCGACCUCCACAAACCACCAGCCCAUGAAGGUCGUCAUAGCAUAAGACUGCUAGUCAGGAAUUUGAUUCAUAUGCAUAGUUGUUAUCAGUGUGUUUGUAAUGUUUGUUCUGUUGGAUGUUUACUGGCUUGUGUUUGGUGUUGAUUGUAAAUGCAGAUAAGUUUUGUACUGUCCUGUUUGUUAAUAAAGCAUUGCGUGGCUUGUUUAA